GGGGGGGGGGGGGGGGGGGGGGUUGUUAAUUUGUGAAAAAUAUUUAAUAUUCUGAAUGAUGAGCUGCUCUGGCCAUGGCCAGGAGGGACCUUUGUCUUGUCUAUCUCUUGCAGAGCUCUGAUAAGGACCGGCCAUUUUACCCUUAUCUUCCUUCCUCUACUACUUGCGAAUGUCUUCCCAAGGACCACCAGAUUUUGUGUUUUGAACUUGCGCUCCGUGUUUUUCUUUUACUCUCUCUGUCCCACCCCCACCCCUUUUUUGGCCUACACAUUGCAUAUUGUCUCUUUGCACGCAUCAUCGAUUUGCUAAAUUUUCAAUUAGUUGGCUCCAUUUGAUCUCCUAGAUCUCGUCUGAUUCUCUCCCUCUCUCUCUCUCUCUCUCUCUGGUGCUGCAAAUUUUGAAGAGAGGAAAUGAAGUUCAGAAAAGAACAACAGUGAAGAUGAAGUUGUGACCACAUAUUUGCUUGGUGCUUUGCAUUUUGUGUUUGUGGGGCACUUCGAAAGCCAUUCUCUUUCGUUUUACUUUGACGUAAAGAAUAAAUGGUGAACCGCGCGAUGGAUCAGUGAUCUUUGAUCACUAAAUUCUUUACUUAUUCAUAAGGCGAAGAAUAAAUAAUGCAUUUUGCAAUCGCUAUAUCCUAAAGAAGUUUCUCGUGAUGGGAUUAUUCCAAACUUGUUGGGUGAACGCAGUCAGCUGUCCUUGUUGCAAGCUUCUGAAGACUGACAAGCCAAUGAAUUGCAAAGUAUACAAAUCUGAUAUACUGCUCUGUGCUACAUCCAGAACCCUUGUUACCUUCGCAUGUGAUGUAGACUAACUUUUAAAGUUUGACAAGAUUUGACAAGCCAUAAGAAGCAUGGAUAGCCGAUCAUCCUUCCAUGGAAGCCAAAGUACAGAUUUGCAAGGCAGUUUGCAAUUGGAAAAGCCUGAAUUGUCUUAUGCUGAUCUCCCUUCAGAAGUAGUUAAAGAUGUGGAAAAUAUCCCAUCAGAGUCAUCAGAAAACCGCCAAAAGAAAUGUUCCAAAGGAAAGGCAAUCCAGAAUGAAGAGCUUGUUAAAUAUAUGUCAGAGUUGCCAAGUUAUUUGGAGAGAGGAGAAAACCUAAAGGAGAAAGCUUUAAAUGUUGGAGUCCUUGACUGGUGCCGUUUAGAAAAGUGGCAGUAUAACCGCAAACCAAUGUCAUAUCAAAGUAGCAGCUGUUCACCGUCCAACAGCAAUGCCUCUUCAUCUUUCUUGACAGAUGAAUCAUCAGUCCAUUCUAGCAGAGGCCGCAGCAGCUCUCCUGCUCAAAGGAUGCAACGGAUGGCACAACAAUGCCAUAUUAAUGCAUCUCCUAGGGAAAAUCUCUCUCGGUGUUGUAAAACUAGUGUAGAACAUGUUGGGGGGAAGUUUCAAGAUUUUGAACCUGCAUCAAAUGGCCCCUUGAAGGGACAGCAAAGUAUAUUCCCAAUUUACCAGUCUUCAAGCAAAAGCCAAUCAGAGAUCGAGCUGAAAGAGUCCAGGAGGAAAGAUGCAGGGCCAAAGAUUAUUCCCAAAAUUGGAGUUUCUCUAGAUUUGAAAAAUGAUAGGGCAGCAACAUGGGCAAAGGGGAAGACAAAUAUUCAAAAUGGUAAAUCUAGUAGUAGACUGGAGAAAUUGCAAGAACCGCAAUCUGCUAUUCACCAUACUUACGGUGAAAGAUGCAAAACGGUAGUUCUCCCACCAAGGGAUUACCCUGAAAGUAGUUGCUCCACGAGCUCCUGCCCUUGUGAUGUGGCCACAGUAAAUGGCCGAGGAUCAACUGAGGCAAGGCGCAGGAGAUUUUCAGAUGGAUCAUUUCCUAAGGAGUUAUUCAAUGCAGAUUCCUAUUCUGACAUCCCCCAGUUGCACCCACUGCCCUGUGAAGAUGAUGACAUGAAAAACUCUCAGAUAAAACAGCCCAGCUCUGUAGACGAAAAAAGUGUCAAGAUUUCAUCUGAACCAUCACAAACUUCAUGUUCAGUGAAAAUGUCAAUCAGCCCACUCAGAGGAAGGAAGCUGGAGAAGAAGUCGAAAGUAAUGCCAAGAAAUUCAAUUGCAAUUAAGUCUUCUGAGGGAUCAGAACUGAAAAUGGGCACAGUGGAGGUUUCAAAGGUGAGAAAUCCUUCUCCGACUCGUCGUCUUAGCAUUGGAUUGGGUAGGAUUGGCCGAAAUGCUACCUCCAAAGGGAGUUCAGAACAUUAUAAAGCCAAAUGUGAACCGGAGAAAGUCAUGGCUUCAACUUGCCUGAAUGAUUCAAAUAGUGAUAAACCUAGUGGUACAAAUAGAUCUCAGUCCAGCCCUUUGAGAAGGAUACUGGAUCAAUUUCUAAAGCCAAAGGCAGCAAACUCCCAUCACUCUGUGGAGCCAUCAGAGAAAGAUCUAACACCAGCAGAUAGGGUGUGCAAACCAUCCAACAGACGAGUGGAAUCAUCCACGGUGAAGAUGAAAUUAGAUUUAACAAGCUGUAAAACUAUUAAUGUUGACAACUCGCAUCAGAAAAGGCAUGGAUCAACAACCAUGCAAGCUCUUGUGCAGAUUGCUAUAAAGAAUGGCCUUCCUCUGUUCACUUUUGCAGUUGAUAACAAUAGUGACAUUCUGGUAGCUACAAUGAAGAAGGUAAGUACUUCAAGGAAGGAUGAGAACUGCUGGAUCUAUACAUUCUUUGCUGUUCAUGAAGUCAAGAAAAGUAAUGGCUGGAUAAAUCAAGGAAGCAAAGGUAAAAGCCGUGGUUAUGUUCCAAAUGUUGUUGCCCAGAUGACAGUUUCUGAUUGUCAGAACUCCAGCUUGCUCACACAGAAUUCUGUAGAUGAAUUGGGCUCCAGGAAGUUUGUUUUGUUUGCUGUGGACCUAAGACAGGCAGAUCAGCAAGCGUCGGACUGCCAGCCAAAUGAUGAGGUUGCAGCAAUUGUUGUCAAGUUCCCGAAAGAGAAUGGACAUCAUAAUGACAAUAUCAGCGAUAAAUUGGCAACUAGUCUCAGAAAGUCACCACCGGAAGUUAAUUCCUAUGCUAGGUCUGGGGAAAGUGAGGAAAAUGGUUCUCCUGUUCAAAGUGAAGAACUUAGGGCAACAGUGAUAUUACCUGGUGGUAUUCAUGGACAACCAAGAAAAGGUGAACCUUCAUCAUUGAUUGAUAGGUGGAAAUCAGGCGGGUUAUGUGAUUGUGGAGGUUGGGAUAUGGGUUGCAGGAUAAGGGUGCUUGCCAAUCACAUGAAACCUAGCAGGAUAUCAAGUUCGCACAAAACCCAUGGCGAUGCAUGUAGAUUUGAGCUUUUCGAUCAGGGGGAAGUCCCAGAUGAUAGGCCUGUCUUCAAUUUAUCCCCCUUCAAGGACAGGAUCUUUUCAGUUGAAUUCAAUUCAUCGCUCUCGUUUCUACAAGCAUUCUCCAUCUGUAUAGCAGUGAUAAAUAGUAGGAAACCAUAUGAGCUUUCAGGAUUGGGUACGUUGUUCGAAGAGAAAUAUCCGGAAGAAGCCACGUCCGUCAUAAACGACGUAAUAAAGAACCCCUGCUAGGUUAGGUACAAUUACAAAUGGAGGUUCCUGAAAGUUAUGCAUCAACUCCACGUCUUUGCCCCCUGCAGAGAGUCUAGUUUGCCUAAUAAAUUAACUGGGCUCUUGUUGUACAGUUUUGUAUCUUCACCUGGUAAGUAACUCUCAUCAACCUGAAGAAAAGAUGUUUGAUCGAGCAAACAUCAUGUUUUGUGUUGCUUUGGUGUACAAAACUGGCAAUUUGACUAAGACAUAAUAGGAAAAUAACUAUAUUCUUUUCGUACUCGGAACCCCACCUCUGAGUUUAUGAAUUUUGGAGGAAUGAUGCCCUCUUAACUGUACUAAAUGCUAUCACCUUACAGCAUUAUAAUGUGUGAUGCCCGCUUAGAUUUCUUCAGUGCAUUAGUUUCAGAAGAGAAAGAGGCAUGGUUGGAGCUUUAGCGGAAGAUCAAUAAUGAUGUUAAUUUUGAUGCAGUCUCUUUCUCUUCCUGGACUUGGUUUAAUGCAAUGUUAGUAAGGGGGAAACUCCUCUUUGGCUCACAGUUUUUGGUUGCAUUAUGGUUGAAGCUGAAAUGAAUAUGGAAAACUUUUGUAGCAUCAAGCCGCAUACUACUUUUCUCUU